UCUCUCUGACCCUCUCUCUCUCUCUCUUCGCGUUGGAUCCACCGGCUGCGGUGCGGCGGCGUGCUCCUCGGCGUCGGGUCGUCGUCGUCGUCGGCUUCGCCUACCAAGGAAAAGAUGGCUGGUGGCUUUAGGGUAUUGCAUCUUGUCAGGCCUUUUCUGGCUUUCCUGCCUGAAGUACAGAGUGCUGAUAGGAAAAUACCAUUUAGAGAAAAAGUCAUCUACACUGUUAUUUCCCUCUUCAUUUUCCUGGUGUGCAGCCAGCUCCCACUCUAUGGCAUUCAUUCAACUACUGGAGCAGAUCCUUUCUACUGGAUGCGUGUUAUCCUUGCAUCAAACCGUGGUACUGUUAUGGAGCUGGGUAUCACUCCAAUUGUGACAUCUGGGAUGGUAAUGCAACUUCUAGUGGGAUCAAAGAUCAUUGAAGUUGACAACAGUGUGAGAGAGGAUCGUGCUCUGCUGAAUGGCGCACAAAAAUUGCUUGGUAUCCUGAUUGCUAUUGGGGAAGCUGUGGCAUAUGUCUUGUCUGGAAUGUAUGGCAGUGUUAGCCAGCUUGGAACUGGAAAUGCCAUCCUCAUAAUACUUCAGCUUUUCUUUGCUGGCAUCAUUGUCAUCUGUCUGGAUGAACUUCUCCAGAAAGGUUAUGGUUUGGGUUCUGGCAUUUCUCUCUUUAUUGCUACCAAUAUCUGUGAGAAUAUCAUCUGGAAGGCGUUUAGCCCCACAACUAUCAACAGUGGACGUGGUGCUGAGUUUGAGGGUGCUGUCAUUGCAUUGUUCCAUCUGUUGAUUACUAGAACUGACAAAGUCCGGGCCCUACGCGAGGCUUUUUACCGCCAGAAUCUUCCAAACGUGACCAACUUGCUUGCUACUGUUUUAGUCUUCCUCAUAGUUAUCUACUUCCAAGGAUUCCGUGUUGUGCUGCCAGUGAGAUCCAAGAAUGCCCGUGGUCAACAAGGUUCAUACCCAAUUAAGCUGUUCUACACUUCAAACAUGCCCAUCAUUCUGCAUUCUGCACUGAUUACCAACCUCUAUUUCAUAUCCCAGCUUCUCUACAGGAGGUACAGUGGAAAUUUCCUGGUGAACCUUCUUGGGAAAUGGAAGGAAUCUGAGUACUCUGGCCAUUCUGUUCCUGUUGGUGGUCUUGCUUACUAUGUAACUGCCCCAUCAAGUUUAGCUGAUGUCCUCGCAAAUCCAUUCCAUGCGCUGUUCUAUGUGAUCUUCAUGCUGUCAGCUUGUGCUCUCUUCUCAAAGACAUGGAUCGAAGUAUCUGGUUCAUCAGCAAAGGAUGUUGCUAAACAGCUCAAGGAACAACAAAUGGUGAUGCCAGGCCACCGUGAGUCAAAUUUACAGAAAGAACUAAACAGAUACAUCCCUACUGCUGCUGCAUUUGGUGGAGUCUGCAUUGGUGCAUUGACUGUCCUAGCCGAUUUCAUGGGUGCAAUUGGUUCAGGAACUGGGAUACUGCUUGCCGUUACCAUCAUCUACCAGUAUUUUGAGACAUUUGAGAAAGAAAGGGCUACCGAGCUGGGGUUCUUCGGAUUUUGAUCACCUUGGCUGCAGAACUCCGCUGGGACUUCUUGCAAGUCACAGUGCUGCUUGGCCGGUUGUCAUGUAACUGGAGACUUGGAGUCAGUUUAGGUUGCCGACUUACUUACAAUGAGAAUCUUGUAGCAGAGCCAGCGUUUUGUUCAUGCCAGUAUAUGGAGUCAUGCCCUGCCCCCAAAUACAGCAAUGGCCAUCGUCCAUCUAGUAACUGGAUGUAUUGCGAUCAAAUUUUAGUUUAUUUUAAACUGGAUAGUAUAUUU